CCAGUGAGCGGAAGCUGAUCACAGCCCAGCACAGGAACCCGAGGACUGAAGAAAGCAGAGGGUGCCGUGGAGCAUUGCAGUGGAGACCCAGAAGAGGACCCAAGUAAACAGAGCACCGUUGUGUGAAUACAUGACAGGGAGAUGGACCGAGACGUAUAUAGACCGAUCUGUAAUUUUGUUGGCGAUCGAGCUAACUCCGCAUUCGGCAAAUGCCUAGCAAAUAAAGUCCCAGUCUGGGUCUUGAUCAUAAGUGCUCUGGUAGUAGCUCUGGUAGGAGCUCUCUCAGGAAUAGCAAGCCGAUAUUCGGUCCAUCCUGGCUCCGCUGUGGGCCUCUCUCCAGAUCCCCCUCCUGGCCCCUGUUGUCCGGAUGGCUGGGUCGGAUACCAAGGGAAGUGCUACUAUUUCUCCGAGGCCCAAGAGAACUGGACCUACAGCCAGAACAACUGCACUGCGCUCGGUGCUUCCCUGGCUGUGAUUGACAGUGAGCAGGAAAUGCAGUUCCUACUGCGCUGUAAAGGCAAACUUGUCCAUUGGCUCGGCCUCUGGAGGGAGCAGGACCAGCCCUGGAAAUGGGCCAAUGGCACCGAAUUCAACAACCAGUUUGAAAUUAAAGGAGGAGGACAUUGUGCAUAUCUGAGUGAUGGAUUUGUUGGCUCUUCAAGGUGCUCCUCACUCACAAACUGGAUUUGCAGCAAACGUGACGCAUAUACAGUGGGAAAGGGAACUGCACAGCCUAGGAUAUGAAAGUUUGAGAAUAAUCAAAAUGUGAUCUGGAAAAGCUUGAAGUCCUAGCACCUGUAGACAGACCAGGAUGAGUAUUUAUUCCCUACAGUCUGUUCCCCCGGGGUCUGUCCUGUUUCUGAUUGUCAAACAGUGGGGCUUCCAUGUUCUUUAUAGCUUGAUCCAAAGUAGAACAGAGCUGUCGUUUUCUAGGGAAACUUUCCUGAAAUUAACUAGCCCUCUUUACUCAGUUCUCCUAGUUAUACCCCAUGCGUACACAAUCUCUAGUGUUUUCCGCAUGUCCUGCUCUUGAUCAAGCCUCUGCCCCUUAGGAGCACGCUUAUAGGUGGCUGUUUUCUGGCGACCCUGGGUUUACCUCCUCACUGGUUUGUAAUGUGAAGGCAGAGCUACAGAAGGGAAAGGAAACUGGUGCAGGAAUUCAUAACAGCAAUAAUUUUUUUCAAAUGGAAAUAGGCAGUGGAUUAGGUACAUCUUCAUAUACAUCUCCUGACCAAUCAAACUGGGCAUUCAUGAGCUUGUGUAACCCCAAUCUUAUUUUUUCUUUUCCCCUAUUUGGAUUUUUAUGGUGCUGCAACACAUGAGCACCCGUCCAACUCUCUCGGGGUCUCUGGCAAUCUUUUAUAAAUACAGUAUUAAGUAGACCAUCCGUUACCUCCAAUCAAAUCCAGGAACCCAGUGACCGCAUCAAUAUAACAAAUUAGUUUAACUUCCUCCCACUCUUACCCUUCUCCUCCUCUCAGUUCUUCCUCCUAUUUAUUAAACACACUUGUUGCACUUUUGUUCUACAAUUAGAUGGUUAGCUACUCGGGGCAGGUUCCUUGUCUUGCUGCAGGUGCAGUGCCCAGCACAAUGGGGCCCUGGUCCUGAGUCAGGCCUCAGGACCAACACUGAUACUACACCAGUGAUGAUUUUAGGCCGGUUCUCAUUUAAUCUUUCCUCUUAAAUCAACCCCUCUAGUCUCGCUGGAAGUGCCUUUUGUCUGAGAGUUUUCAUGCUCUUGCUCUCCAGGUGUGGGACCAGGUUAUCCGUGAUGUUUCUGGAUUUGCGGAAGACACAUGACGUGUGGCUCUUUGAGUAGAUGCAGACGUGUGUUCCGAGUAGAUCUGCGUGCGCCCAGGAGCCAGAGACUCUUGCCUAGCAGUAUCCGUAGAGAGGUGGCUCUUCUGCCUGUAGACCCUCCCCUGGCUAUAUGAGGCAGCGCUGCCCCAGCCCCCCAUCAGUUCCGUCUUACGGCCCAUCGGCUGGAGUUAGUCUUGUGCGCUUCUUGCUUUACAACCUCGUGAAUUUGUAUCUUAGCCUACUCUGUUGCUAAGUUUUAGCCUAGUCUUGGCAUCGGUGGUAGUGUUCCCUGGUGGUGUCUUUAUCGGGGUUCAAGCAUGGCUCUUCAUGCGGAGUGGCAAUUCCCAACUGUGACCACCACACACGGUGCUUGCUCUGCUUUGGCAAAGCCCACCUUAAGGCAUGGUGUUCGGUCUGCAGAUCAUUCAAGAAGCAGACUUGGGUGGCACAGGACCUUCUCCUUAAGCAGCCCCUGCUUGAGUAGGCCACGAGGCCUGACCCAGUGCCAAGGCUUUCCUUGGGCAGCAGCUUGCCCUCUGGCUCAGAGAGCACUGCUGCCUCCCGUUCCGGGGCAGGGACCUCUCUGAAGAGACACAGGAGCCAUUCUCAAGGUUACACUUCAACUACAUCCAAAGUUUGUAUCCAAGGUGGUCUCUCAGUUUCACUUGAACCAGGUGAUGUAUUUGCCUGUAUUUUUCCCCGAGGUGCAUUCUUCCCCCGAACAGCAGCGCCUCUACGCUAGAGGCCGUCUGAUCUUCAGUUUUGUGCUUCACCUCACCUAUUUGUAUCCUAGGAAGGGUCAAGACUGUAUACGAGAUAGCAUCGGCCAUGCCUCCUCAACAGAUGUGGGUGCAUUCGACGAGAACGCAGGCAACAUUGGUGGCAUUCCUCAAUGACAUUUCCAUAUUGGAGAUUUGUAGGGCAGCCAGAUGGUUGUCCAGGCAUACUUUUACAGACCAUUAUGCGCUCGCUGCUGCUUCCAGAGCCAGCGUUCAUGUUGGAAAAGCAGUCCUGCGUUUCUUACUCAGGUAGACUCUGAGGCCUGCCUCCGGAUGAGGGUACUGCUGGCUAGUCACCUUCUGGGAAUACACAUCUGCAUCUACUUGAAGAAAUAGUUACUUACCGUAACUGGUUCUUCAGGUUGUGAUGCAGAUAUGUACAGGCAGUCCUCAGACUUAUGACACCAUUGGUUCCUGAAAAUUGUGUCUUAAGUCGAAAACGUAACUCGAAUUUCCCAUAGGAGCAACGUCCGAGAGUCGUAAAGUUGAAACAGGAUGUCAAUUUAUAAAUGUCAAGGACUGCCUGUGUCAAGGUUCCUUCCCCACCCUGAACUCUAGGGUACAGAUGUGGGGACCUGCAUGAAAACCUCCUAAGCUUACUUUUACCAGCUUAGGUUAAAACUUCCCUAAGGUACAAACUAUUUUACUUUUUGCCCUUGGACUUUCGCUGCCACCACCAAAUGUCUAACCAGUUUUAUUUUAUUAGGAAAGAGUCCAUUUGGAAACGUCUUCCCGCUCCAAAAUCCUCACUAAAACCUUGCACCCCCCUUCCUGGGGAAGGUUUGGUAAAAAUCCCCACCAAUUUGCAUAGAUGACCACAGACCCAAACCCUUGGAUCUUAGAACAAUGAAAAAAGCAAUCAGUUCUUGAAAAGAAACAUUUUAAUAGAAAACAGUAAAAAGAAUCACCUCUGUAAGAUCAGGAUGGUAAAUACCUUACAGGGUAAUUAGAUUCAAAACAUAGAGAAUCCCUCUAGGCAAAACCUGAAGUCACAAAAAGACACACAGACAGGAAUAUUCAUUCUAUUCAGCACAACUCAAUUUCUCAGCCAUUUAAAGAAAUCAUAAUCUAACGCAUAUCUAGCUAGAUUACUUACUAAGUUCUAAGACUCCAUUCCUGUUCUCUCCCUGGCAAAAGCAUCCCCCAGACAGACACAGACCCUUUGUUCUCCCUCUUCCCAGCUUUUGAAAGUAUCUUGUCUCCUCAUUGGUCAUUUUGGUCAGGUGCCAGCAAGGUUAUCCUAGCUUCUUAACCCUUUACAGGUGAAAGGAUUUUUCCUCUGGCCAGGAGGGAUUUUAAAGGUGUGUACCCUUCCCUUUAUAUUUAUGACAGCCUGUGUUCCCCCAACCCCUCUGCAUUGGCAUCUCUUCCCAUGAGCGUUCAGCCAGAAGGAACUGAGAAGGGUUGGGGCGGCACUGCUUCAUAUAGCCAGGGAGGGGCUACAGGCACGCGGUGCAAAUGCCACUCCUCUACGGGUACUGCUAGGCAAAAGUCUCCAGCUUGCAAGGCGCACGCACACCUACUUGGAAUAUACGUCUGCAUCACAUCGUCAUUCCUUCUCACCCUGGUUGCGUAACGCAGCUGAACUGUGGUGCUCUUAUUGACGGGUAUUAUCAGUGCCUUAGGGAGGGGACGUGCCAACCGUCUUCUGAUUCUGGGAGGAUUUUCACUCUGUUCCUCCCCACAACUUGCUCUGUUUGGAAUAUUGGUGCUUUUUGAUCCACUGAUCCAUCCUCCACAUUCCCUUUAGUGGGACCAGUGUAUGUUUUGUGAUACUUUUACCCAUUCAUAGAUUUUUUUUUUUUUUUUUUUUUCCCCACUAUGAUCAUCUUGUCAGACCUCCUGGAGAACACAGGCCAGAGAACCUUAGCCACUAAUUCCUGCAUCAAGGCCUCUAACUUCUGUUUGAAUUGUAGCAUCUCUCUUCUAGAAAGACCAAUCCAAUCUUGAUUUAAAGACUCUUAAAUGAUGGAGAAUUCACCACAUUCCUAGGCAAGUUGUUCAAAUGGUUAAUCAACCUCACUGUUAAAAUCUGUAUUAAUUCACACUUUAUUUCUAGUCUGAAUUUGUCCAGCUUCAGCUCCCAGCCUUUAGAGUUUGCUCUGCCCUUAGUUGCUAGAUUAGAGAGCCCCCUGCUGUCAGAAAUCUCCUUAAGGUGGAGGUACCAGUAGAUCAUAAUCCUAUUACCUUUGACUCAUCUCUUGGAUUGAACUGAAUAGAUUGGGCUGCUGGUGUCUCAUAAGGCAGGUUUUCCAGACCUUAAAUCAUUCUCGUGGCUCUUCUCAGAACUCCUUUCCAACAUUCUUGUGUACAAUCCUGACCCUUAAACUUUUCAGCUGCCUUUGUGAUGAAGUAUUACCUGAGCUUUCUAUGGUAGAGGGGUAUCUAGGGAGUAAUGCAGGGUGGUCCAUCCCCUCCAAAGCUGUAUUCUAAUUACUGCCUUGACAAUUGCAAAUUUGUUGUGCUGUCUGCACUUUGUCUUUCAGUUCUGUUCUUGACCUUCUCCAGUGUGGCUUCUGGUCUUACACUCCAUGGAAGUCUCUAAUGACACCUUCUUGGCCAGGACUUGUUCUCCAUCUUCGUCGUCUUUGACCUCUGGGUGGCUUUUGACAUCACUGACCAGUCCCUACUGCUUGAUGUUUUAUCUUCCUUGGUUCUGGACUGUCAUGGUUCUCCUCCAACUUCUCUGAUCACUCGUUGUCUCAUUUGGUGGGUCUUCCUUUCCCCAUUUCUGUGGGUAUCCCUCAAGUCUCUGUCCUUGGCUCCCUUCUCUUCUCCUUUAUCUUUAGGUGCUCUAUCCACAAACAUCAGAUUCCAUCUCUUCCCUCCAUCUAUUUUUCUUCUCAGCCUUUCUACCAUCUCUUGAGGACUGUUCACUCAUUUUUAAACUCAACAGGACCAAAACUGAACUCUGUUCUCCCCCUUUUGCCACACCAAUCAGGCCCAUAACCUGGGUGGUAUCUGACUCUGCCCUCUCACUGGACUUGACCAUUCAGGCAACUUCUAAACCUUGCCACUUGUAUCAUACUCCUCUCAAAACUCUGAUCUUUCCUCUGACUCCACAUGGCCAAAACUCAUCCCACCCCUCAUCAUUUCAUGCCCAGGUUACUGCAGCCUCCCCUUCCCUGGCUUUGACUGUAGUAGCUUUCUUCAUGUCAAGCUUCAGAAGGCUGUUACUACGAUGAUCAUUAUCCAUUGCUUUGGCCACAACAGUCCCUGCUGAGUUUCUACACUGGGUUCUCCUUCACCUCAUCAGCAAAUAGAAGUGUAGGCAAUAAAACCUUGGUGGUAUUCAUAAUUUAUUUUAAUGUAAUAUUAAGCAAGUGCCUUUAUUCAAAUUUGAGGAAAAGUAUUUUUAUAUACAUAAUACUUGGGAGAACCAUGUCUAUUUUUCAUUAAAUGAAAUAUUCAGGUUAAUGAAGGACUUCUUAGGAAACUUUUCUGCUUUCUCAUAAGUGGCAGGCACAAGAAGAAUAAUGCUGCUUCUAACUAUUUUAAUUUAAAUGAAACAAGCACAAAGUUUCCUUCCCUUGUCAAAUCUUUUUUUUUAAACUUUCCCAAUUUUUUAGUAGUUUACAUUUUAACACUGUACUGUAUUUGCACUGUUGGGGGUUUUUUUGUUUGGUUGGUUUUUUGUUUGUUUUUUUGGGGGGGGUCUCUGCUCCUGCCUGAUUGUAUACUUUGAGUUCCCAAUGAGGUGGGUGGGGGGUUGACUGGUCUGUUCAUAACUUGGGGGCUCAUAACUCUGAGGUUCUAUGUACUAUCGCCAAUUUAGUAAGAUGUUUUAAGUAUUCUAUGACCUUGCCCUAUUUAUGUGAUCGCUAGUUACUUAUUGAAAGAAGCCAUUUCAGUAUCAAGUAUUGUUGUUAAUUGAGUAAUUAUCUGGCAGUGCUUAAGCAACUUUCCUACCUAACUUGCAAGUCAAGAGCCAUCUCCCCAAGAAUUGUUAAGAGUCAAUGCUGUUCUUGAAAACCAUUUUAAGCUAAAGUCUUCUUUAUAAGAAUCCUGUAAGUUUUUAAAAAGACUUACUUCUUAAAUCCAAACAUCUUUAAAUUCUGCUUCAGAUAUAUAAAAAGUAAACUCCUGUGAAGCCCUAAUAAAACUAAAGGACUAUCCCAGAAAAUGGACUACAUACCAGAGUUGAAACACUAAACUCCAAAAUGUUCUGAGCAUUCCCUGCACGAGAUCAAAGACCUUUGCACCCUAUUGCAUAAGCAAACAGAGCUGGCCCUAGUAGCAGGUCAUGAAGAUCUUAAGCAGGGGUGGUGCUGGGGAAGGGGGCAGGCUUGCAGGGGCUAUAGCCACCCCAAAGCUUGCUUUAGCCACCAUAUAGCAGCUACCACUCUCCAGCAGCCGAGCUCUGCAGGCAGAGCAGACACUACUGGCCUGCCUGGGCAGGGGUGCCCUAGAGCAGCCUCCACUGACACUAGGAAAGGAGAAGAGUGUAAAUCUCUCUGCGUUAAGCAAACCUUCUCUGCUCCUGUCUCAGCACUCAGCCAGUUCACCUUGUCUCUUUGUAAGCAAACAGCAUCAGGAAGGCAAAACAAAGAAGCUACCCGGCAGCCUUUCACUACAGCGCUACUUUAGCCACCUGCCCUCAUUAAGUUUCUUGCAUGACAGGUGAGUUUGCCAAAGCACUGCCGAGGAGCUAGAUUUUGUGUGUGUGUGUAUAAUAUAAUAUUUUUUACCCCCUUGGGAUUAUUGUAAUGGGCUAUUCCAAUGCUAUUCAACACUGGAAUGGCUGAGAUUGUGCUCUAGGAGUCGUACGCUAACCUUGCUAAAUGGAGAGAAAUAGUAGAUUUCUGUUAAAAGCUUUCUGCAGAGACCUAGAGAAGAGAUUGUCACUAAAGUAGGAAUUGGAUGUGUCAUUUUGUUUGUUUUUUGUUUAAUAAAACAUUAUUUCUCGUGA